ACUCAGUUCUAGUACUGUACCCCUUUAGUAAAAGGUUCUUGUAAUUGCAGGACUUGCUGUUAAGACAACUGUUAAAACAUGGUGGAUUAUUAUGAGGUUCUAGGAGUGCAUAGGCAUGCCUCACCAGAAGACAUUAAAAAGGCGUACCGCAAACUAGCGCUGAAGUGGCACCCCGAUAAAAAUCCAGAUAAUAAAGAAGAAGCUGAGAGGCGAUUCAAACAAGUAGCUGAAGCAUAUGAGGUUUUGUCUGAUGCUAAAAAACGUGACAUCUAUGACAAAUAUGGAAAAGAAGGCUUAAAUGGAGGAGGUGGAGGUGGAAGUCAUUUUGACAGCCCAUUUGAAUAUGGAUUUACAUUCCGUAACCCAGAUGAUGUCUUUAGGGAGUUUUUUGGUGGAAGGGACCCCUUUUCAUUUGACUUCUUUGAAGAUCCUUUUGAUGACUUAUUUGGAAACCGACGAGGUCAACGAGGGAACAGAAACAGAGGUGGUGGGCCAUUUUUCUCUGCAUUUAGUGGAUUUCCUGCGUUUGGGAGUGGUUUUUCUUCAUUUGAUACAGGUUUUACUUCGUUUGGUUCAUUGGGGCACGGGGGCCUUACUUCAUUCUCCUCUACGUCAUUCGGUGGCAGUGGGAUGGGUAGCUUCAAAUCGGUAUCAACUUCUACUAAAAUAGUUAAUGGCAGAAAAAUUACUACGAAGAGAAUUGUUGAGAAUGGACAAGAGAGAGUGGAAGUUGAAGAAGAUGGCCAGUUAAAGUCAUUAACAGUAAAUGGUGUGGCAGAUGAGGAAGCUCUUGCUGAGGAGUGCAGCCGUAGAGGACAACAGGCCCUACCUUUCCAGUCUACCAAUAUCCGCCUCCCGAAGUCCCACAAGCCUGCCACUUUCCCCAAACAUGCCUAUCAUAACGAUGAGGUGGAAGAACAAGAUAGAGCUCGGAUUACAAGCAGCUUGGAGACCCCUUUAUAUACAUCAGAUGGAAGGACUUGGGGUGGGGGGGAAUCCUGACCAAUUAAAGACACAAAGAAGGCAGCAAGAGGAGGAAGCAGAAGCAGAGAGAGGAACAGAAGAAGAAGAAGCCAACCAAAGGAAAUCACUAAAACGGACUCCUCCGAUACUCAGUACCUUUACAAUGACACCAUAUGUUAUCGUUACAUUUGAGCACACUUUUUUGUGUAUAUUUUUUUUUGGAUUGUAUACACUGUUAGUAAGGAAGAUGAUUCGUAUUUAAAACUACACUAAAAUUGCACUAUAUUACCCUUUAGCAGCACAGAGUGGCUUUUUUGCCAGUCAGAUUGAGGACUUCAAAGUAGGCUGAUCUUGGUUAGAGGUGCAUUGUAUUUGAGAUUUUGGAAAAUCUUGCAGAAUCACUUACUACUUCCUUCCCGGCAACUAGAUCUACUGUAGUCUAGUGUUUUCCUCUAGGAUAUAAGGGGUUGUAACAAUGUCUCUUUAUGUCUACUCCUCCUGGUAUCCUCAGGCCUGUUAAAAUAUCUGAGUUAAACCUUGAUCCUAUUCCUAUUGAUUUCAGUAGGCGCUUUCCCAUUGACUUCAGUGGGAGUAGGACUAAGCCUUUAGAAACUAGCUUUAAGAAACAAUCUAGUAAUAAUGCACACUUCAUAAUUGCAUUUUACAUUAACUUUUUUCUAUCUUAGGCAGAACAAUUACUUUUUGUUAUAAUUAAAUAUGCUGUCACAUUUAUGUUGCAUUGUGAAGUUACAUCUGGUGAUUUAAGAAAGCCAGUGUGAUUUCUGAUCUCCUGUAAAUAUUCAUACUGAUUCAUUACGCAUGGUAGACUCCCGGUGAGUCACUGAGUGAAAUCAUUCCUUGUGUUUUUCAUCAUUUUCAAUUUCUACCAAGUCUCUCCAGACAAAUUAUCUAAAUGCUACUUUAAAUUUACACUUGAUUUCUGCUGAGUGGAUUUCAGAUCCUGAACAUGUUUUCAGGUUCCAUAUGAUUCUACCAAGUAAUUCUUUGCAGAAAUAAAUAUCUAGAAUGUCAGUCACACAUGAGGAAAGUAUAUUUACAUCAGUUAUAUUGCAGGACUAAACAUUUUAGUUUGGAAACAUUUUCUUCACCUUUUAAAAAAAAUUUUGAGUCUGGCAAGAUUACUUCCUUGCUUCCCCUAAUUGUUUCAUGUGCAUGACACACUGCUUCUCCUAAUCUUUUAAUUGAGCACUAAGUAGAAUCUUUCUAUUGUCUUAACUACUUCCCUGCAUGUUCCUUGCCAAUAGGUUGCCUUUUCUCUUUAACCUAUGAAUAGUGAUUAUCAGCCAUGUUUAUUUUGUUCUUUUGUCUCUGCUCUUUUUGCUAGUAUGUUGGUGAUGUAACUGACUUAAAACUGGCACUGUUGGAAACCCAAAUUUCCUGGAGAAAUUCACUCAUCCUUGGUAUUUACAAAAUGUAGCAAUGCACACAAUGAUGUAAGGAAGAUGCUAAACAGAAAAGUAAAAUCUGCUGUUCUAGAAUGACUGUUAAAAUAUAAGAAAUCUUGAUAAUCUACAAUAUUUGGAUGGUUUAGCAUAUAAUGCUUGCAUUAGGAAUAUGUAACCGUAUGCAGAUUGUUAGGGUACUUAAAUUAGGUUUAUCUGAAAUUUAAGAUUGAGAACAGUUUUUGUUUGUCACUUAUAAGUACCACUUAAUUGUUUUGUGCAGUGUUACUAAUAUUUAAAAAUAAAGACAAUUCUCUUUAUUUGUCA